AUAUAUCACGGAUUUGAUUUGAUCGCAGUAAUAUGAUAUAUAUAUCAUAUUGACAGUUUAUCCGAAGUGCUGAAAUAUAUAAUGACAUGGUUCUCAACUGAGAUACAUAUCCUCUCGAGUCAUUCAUCAUGAUGUUGCGGCUUUCUCUGUUGUUAACAACCUGCUGGGCUUUUGUGGCCGCCAGCACAUCAAACAACCCUGCGACGCCGACAGUGACUCUAGACAACGCUACUAUCACAGGUAUUGCGUCAGAUUCGGUGAAUAUGUGGUUGGGAAUACCCUUCGCACUGCCCCCGACUGGCAAUCUCCGGUUCCAGCUACCUCAACCUAUCCCCCCGUAUAACACGAACUAUUCAGCGACGGCCUAUGGGUUGGCUUGUCCUCAACAGGCUCUGACAAUACCUAAUGUUCAAGGCUUGCCUGCCGAGACCCUUGCCUAUUUUGCAGCCGCCACCGACACUAACUAUUCCAGUUCCGAAGAUUGCUUGACUCUGAACGUCUUCGCACCCGCGGAUGCAACUCCACAAUCGGGCCUCCCUGUUGUAAUAUGGAUCUUUGGAGGAGGUUUCCAGAUAGGUGGUACCAGUACUUAUAAUGGAUCUGUCAUCGUCAAUGCAUCCAUUACCCUGAACGUACCUGCAGUGUACGUGAGCAUAAAUUACCGCUUGACAGCUUUUGGAUUCCUUGCCUCUCAAGAAGUCAAAGACGCGGGAGUAGGAAACCUCGGACUGCAAGAUCAGCGACAGGCAAUGCGAUGGGUCCAAAAGUAUAUCAGUGCUUUCGGUGGUGAUCCCACGAAGGUCACUAUUUGGGGCCAAAGCUCCGGCUCCAUGUCUGUUGCCCUUCAUAUGGUCACCAACGGGGGAAACACCGAGGGACUGUUUCGCGCUGCAUUCAUGGAAAGUGGAUCGCCACUUCCAGUCGGCGAUAUCACUCACGGACAGGGUUACUACGACUUUCUUGUGGACCAAACCGGAUGCGCGAACUCUUCAGACACGCUGCAAUGUCUGCGAGAGGUUCCCUAUAGCGCACUCAUGGACGCCAUCAACCAGACACCAAAUAUCUUUUCGUACCCGGGCAUGUUCCUCAUCUGGUUACCUCGAGUGGAUGGAGUCUUUUUGACGGCCGAUCCACAAGACCUAGUCUUGCAAGGUUCAGUCGCGGAUAUCCCUUUUAUCACAGGGGAUUGUGAUGACGAAGGAACGCUGUUUUCAUUCUCUAGCCUCAAUGUCACCACGGACUCUCAGUUCGAAGAGUAUAUUCAGUACUGGUUCCCCGAUGCUCCGUCCGCUACAAUACAGCAGUUGAUGGAGUAUUACCCUGGAAAUAUUACUCAAGGCUCCCCAUUUGAUACGGGAGAUUUAAACGCCUUGACUCCGCAGUUCAAGCGCGUUGCAGCAUUCCAGGGUGACAUGUCAUUCCACGCCCGCCGCCGCUUUUUCCUGGAACAACGCUCCAGCAACCAGAACACUUGGGCAUUCCUGAGCAAGCGUUUGAAGACGGUUCCUUACUUGGGAUCGUUCCACGCAUCUGAUCUACUCAAUAUUUACACUGGAGGCGACGUGGUGUCACGUCUCGUUCGCUUUGUGGCUAACCUAGACCCGAAUGGUGUAGGAGACCUUGAGUGGCCAAUGUGGACUUCAUACUCACCAAACCUCCUUACUUUCCUUGACGGCUCGGUCCCUCAGGAGAUUACGCAGGAUACAUACCGUGCUGAGGCAAUAGCCUGCAUGAUUAAAUUGGGCCUGGAAUACCCAAUUUGAAAGGGUACCUUCCAUCGUAUCAAUUAUU